UGGGAGGGCGGGCUUACUUUUAAGAAGUAAUUGCUAUUAACACGAUUAUUUUCUUUUCUUCCCACUGGUCCUCCCCAUUUACCCUCUCCCGCCUCCUACCCGGGCGGGAGUUGUUUCCACGAUGAAAUGAGUGCGAACCCGAGGGAUCCUGUGUCUCCCGUGGUGCGAGUGAGUCGCUGCCGCUGAGGGCGGGGGCGGGGGUGGGGCCUGGGCGGUGGGAGCAGGUGGUCCCCGGGCGCCGCCUGGGACUGGGGCGACGAACCCGCCACCUUGGCCCCAGCAAUGCUCGCGCCAAGAUAAGACCGCACAUCCCACCAUCUCGCACGGGGGCGCACUCGCAGGGAAGGCUCCCCUGGGGAAUGUAGGGCUCACUGCAGGGCUGGGGGCGUCAGGAUCCCGGGCGUUAAAUAGGUCUGCCCACCGCCGGAAUAACUGUUCACCCCGUAUCACGUACCCCCCUCUCCCUCUGCCAUCAUGAUUCUCCUUGGCAGCAGCACUAGCAGCCGCCUGAGGGUGGAGACGUGGGUGAUGGGGAAGUGGGUCGUGACUCCGCUGUUUUUUCUCAUGGCUCCCUCGGGCAACAGCUGUCCGCCCCCGGUAUACACUGUAGUCGAUUGCGGGGAAUCCCUGGACCUCGCCCCUUCCUUCUCUGAUUUUGCACUUCUCUCUUUGCUCACCACCAAGUGUAAUCAAUAACAAGCACUGACAAUACAUAGCAAUAGUGAAAUCUGAAAUAACUAAGAAUUAAUUAGGUACUACAGCCAUGGGUCUGGCUGGGUAAAAUCCAAUUGGAUAUUUCAGUUUCAUUCCCUACCCUUUUUUUUUUUUUUUUUGGGUGUUUUUGUUUUUGUUUUCGUUUUGUGUUUGGAAGGCAAGGAUCACAUCCCCCUCUCCCCAUUCCUUUUCUUUAGUCCCUUUUCUUAAAAGGGAGGGGGGUUACGGAUGGAUUUUGAGGAUUGGACUGGUGUCGUUUUAUCACACACCUAAAUCCUGAUACUAGGCUUUUCAUUCCCCCCAAAGCCUUUAUUUUGGCAGUUGAGCCAAAUGUGUUUUCCAGAAAGUUAGUUCAAGUAUUUUCUCCUUUGUUUCCUUCCUCCUCUUCCUUUUCCCCACCUGAUUCCAAACUUUACUGUCCAGACAUGACUGGACAGCGGCUUUUGUUUCUUGACCCUGUAAUAUGACAGUCUGCUAAUAUUGCCAGAAGGUGCAGUUUUGGGGAUACAGUUGUGAUUUUAGCUAUUAUAUUAGCAGGAAAAAAAAUGACUUGUUUCUGUUGUACUUGAGUCUUAAGAAAAAGUGCCCAUAGUUUAGUGACAAUUUCCAAAGGCUUUAGUACCACCUGUAUUUCAAAAUGGGGGACCCAAACUCCCGGAAGAAACAAGCUCUGAACAGACUACGUGCUCAGCUUAGAAAGAAAAAAGAAUCUCUAGCUGACCAGUUUGACUUCAAGAUGUAUAUUGCCUUUGUAUUCAAGGAGAAGAAGAAAAAAUCAGCACUUUUUGAAGUGUCUGAAGUUAUACCAGUCAUGACAAAUAAUUAUGAAGAAAAUAUCCUGAAAGGUGUGCGAGAUUCCAGCUAUACCUUGGAAAGUUCCAUUGAGCUUUUACAAAAGGAUGUGGUACAGCUCCAUGCUCCUCGAUACCAGUCUAUGAGAAGGGAUGUAAUUGGCUGUACUCAGGAGAUGGAUUUCAUUCUUUGGCCUCGGAAUGAUAUAGAGAAAAUUGUCUGUCUCCUGUUUUCUAGGUGGAAGGAAUCUGAUGAGCCUUUUAGGCCUGUUCAGUGCCUAAGUUUGAGACCUGGCUGUGUUCUCUGCCAUCGUGCACCUUGGAGUCAGCAGGCCAAAUUUGAGUUUCAUCACGGUGACUAUGAAAAGCAGUUUCUGCAUGUACUGAGCCGCAAGGACAAGACUGGAAUUGUUGUCAACAAUCCUAACCAGUCAGUGUUUCUCUUCAUUGACAGACAGCACUUGCAGACUCCAAAAAACAAAGCUACAAUCUUCAAGUUAUGCAGCAUCUGCCUCUACCUGCCACAGGAACAGCUUACCCACUGGGCAGUGGGCACCAUAGAGGAUCACCUCUGUCCUUACAUGCCGGAAUAGACUGACCAGCAAAAUGGAGAAGAUCAGAGAAUGCAGCAGCAAUUUUUUUUCUUGUUUUCUUACCACUUUAUUCUUUCAGCGUUUAAGGAAAAUGGACUCAUGCACAGAACACUAUGCAUUUUGAAACUUCAUUCUGGAUUUUUUUUUUAAUCAUUUGUAUCUCAGAACUUAAACAAAUUAGAUGUCUUCUGCACGGACUGUGUGAAAGAAGAUGCUUUGCAUAUUUGCUGCACUGCAUCAGCAUCUUGCUAAAAUGUGAAUGAAAGGACUAUUGUGCACUGAAAUGCUUAACUGUGUCUGAAAGCACAAGGUGAUACUCACUUUUGAUGGUCUUCCCAUUUGUCCGGGUUUUUGCCUCUGACAUCUGUCAUCAGUAUUUAGAGGGCGAGAACCCAUGUAACAGGUAUAAAUAACGUUUGAAAAAACUUAAUAGCUUUGCUGUAGUCACCGUUGUUCCAGAGCACUGUCAGAUCCAUUCUGAUGACCAGAAGUGGUUACAAAAAACAAAAACCAACCAACCAUGGGAAAGAAAUCUUAAGUGAAAAAAGCAUCUCAUUGUAGGCAGCCUUGCCUCAUAUCUUACUGGGCCAUGUUUGUUUCCUGGUACUCAUGUAUUUUUUUCCCAGAUCUCUUUCCCUAAGUUGCUGUUAUAAAGUAUUCUGCUGAGUGUGGAUGCCGUUGUACACAUAAGCAGAUCUGGAGUCUGAAGUAGCUAAAGCAGCUAUAAAACUGAGAAAUACUUUCAUAGCUGCAGAAACCAUGAUAGGUAGAGGACUUUGCUUUUGGUUUUAAAGAGAAGAGAUUUAAUUACAAAGAAAAUUCCAGUGAUUGUGCAGAAAUACUGGUUUCUACACCAUUCUAAAGAAAAAUGAGGGUUUUUGGAGUAGAAAAAGUUAUAAAAGUUGGGAUCUUAAAUUGUAAAAAAAAAAAAAAAAAACUAUUGAGUGUCGAAGUUCUAAAAGCAGAACUCAUUUGUGCAAUGAACAUAAGGAAAGACUACUGUAUAGUUUUUUUUUUGUUUGUUUUCUUUUAAAUGAAGAAAGGCUUUGCUUAAGGGUUGCAUACUUUUAUUGGAGUAAAUCUGAAUGAUCCUACUCCUUUGGAGUAAAACUAAUGCUUACCAGUUUCCAAUUGUAUUUAGCUUCUGGUUGGAAUUUGAAAAAAAAUGAAAACCUAAAUAAAAUAGGUGAAAGUUCCCUGACUAUUCAGGUGAAUACACAAAG